AUGAGCCUCAUUGCAGCACUGAGCCCUCCAUUUUUUACCCUCGCUGUGGAAUUACUCCCACCUCCGCCGAUACCUGCCGAUUUCACUGUUACAUCCAUUCAGAACCAUACCGUACCGCGAGACAAUACGACUGCCCUGGUGAUCGAUUCGUUUACAGAUUCAGAGGUUAACGAUUUGGGAUUUUGGCACGGCCCCAGUACCAAUUUGGUCAGCGAGCCUGGCGAUGGCUAUAUCCGUCUUUACCCUACAGAUCCGGAUCAGAACUACCACACGGAGCUCGGCCCGGCAACGUGCUUCGAUAUGCGUCCUUACCAGAAUAUGUACCUUCAUAUAGUAUCCUCCGGGUCUACAAAAUUUACCGUUUCCUUGAACCAACACAAUGAGAAAUGUGAUUCCCGCCGAAGCCCCUUCCUACAGACGUGGGACAGUAUCGAAACAGAGCGCUAUGCGCGGGGAAAUGAUAUAUAUGUACCACUAAGUCAUUUUGAGAUCGACCAAUCUCGGACGGUGUCGGUUUCAUUCCACGGUUUUUUCUCGGAAGAGAUGGUGACGCUUCACAGGGUGGAAAUCGUGCCGGAGCUUCCAAAAGGAUUCUAUGUGCCUCCAAAACUGGAGACCGGAAAGCUGUUCUUUCACUGUACGAAACCGAAUUCAUUUGCGUUUGGGAUAGACGAUGGGAUGCCACACUUGGUACAAGACGUCAUCAAGAUCUUGGAAGAGGAAAAGAUCUUGGUUACCUUUUUUGUAGUUGGUGCUGGGCUCCGGGACAAGGAAGCCAAUUUUUCGGGUGUGUAUAAAGAAAUGUUGCAAAGGGGCCAUCAGAUCGCCCUACAUUCGGAUACACAUCAGCAAAUAGAAGGUCUCGAUACCGUCAUGGCUAUCGAUGAGGAGAUUGUCCACAACAUUGAGACCUUUCAAAGACUGCUUGGGAUUGAAUCUCGUUACUUUCGUCCGCCCUACGGCACGGUUGGUGCGAGAACCCGGCAGCGGUUGGCAGCGUACAUUAAAGAUCCUUAUGUGAUCAACUGGAGUGUCGAUGUGGAGGACUGGUUAUGGGCAGAGAGCAAAACGCCGGAGCGACAACGUGAUGCAUUCUUCCGAGACGUGGGCCGAGGAGGAAAUCUUGUCGUUAUGCAUUACCUGAACUCUACAACAGUCCAGUACUUCCGAGAGUUUAUCCGAUUCGUCAAGAGCCUCAACGUCGAUAUCAUGCGAGUGGACCAGUGCUUGGAGGAUCCCAAGAGCCCCCCGUUUGAUCCUAACCGGUACCGUGAACGAGGGACCGGGCGACACAGGAUUCAGUCGGAUAGGAAUGCUGGGAACAGUCAUUACCAGGAGCCAACAGAGUAUGUUUGA